GGAAAUCUCAUCUGCUAGCGAAAUCAACUGAGAAAAUUGAUAAGCAAUGACAAUGUCUCUGAGUUGUCUGAUUUUGACAUUGGCGUUUGGAACAAAUAUAUUGCUAAUAAGUGGAGAUGAUCAUGAUAUUGCAACAGCGGCUUGUAUUGGUUUGAGUCCACAGAGGGCUUACACUGCAGCGAUUCCUCGCAAGUGUGGCGGUGGAGAGUCCUGCAACGCAAUCUGCCAAUCACUCGCUAGCUUAGAUGACUAUAAUGAUGCCUUCAACAAAAAACCUCAAUGCAUUGAUGCGUUGCAUAUUUACGCCAAACGAGGCCCCAAGAAUACCCCCAAUACCAAAUGGGUCAACACCUGGAGAUACGGAAGUUUUAGUUGUGCUGCUACCCAUUGCGGUCCAAACUUUUGCUGUUGUUCCCAGUAAAAUAUGAAAGAUGUAUUGACUGAGUAAAAUUAAAUUUGCAAGUGCUGAA